AUGGUCAGCCUGCAGGUCCUCACCAACCACGACAGCUGGUGGUACCACGCCUGCAGGGGCUCCUUGCUGAACGCCCAGAAAGCCCACGACCGGAGACUGGUUUUCGGAGCCCGGGAAAUCAAGUACGGCAGCAACCAGCCGGUGAAGCCGCCUCUCCAGGAGAGGUUUGUUCAGAAAAUUGUCCCUUCCCAGAGCUACUCGCCCAUCUUGGAGGCCAACGGCAUCACUCUCGUGAAGCUCACCCCUCCCGUUGUCUGCGGCUCCUUCAUCGGGCCCGGCUGCCUGCCCCACUUCUCGGCAGGCCCACCCCGUGUGUCCCAUUCCUGCUGGGUGACUGGCUGGGGAUUCCUGAGGGAGGACGCCCAAAAGAUGUCGCCCGUGCUGCAGGAGGCCCUUGUGAGUAUCCUCGACCUCGGCCUGUGCAACUCGACCCUGUGGUACCGCGGCCGCGUGCGCUCCACCAACGUGUGUGCAGGGCACCCCGAGGGCUACGUGGACACCUGCCAGCAGCUCAUGGAGACCCCGAAGCGGAAGACCCUUUCUGGCGGAAGAAGCAGUGAUGACGGGGAGAGCCUACGUGAUGACUCGGAGGCCGUAGGCUUCCCGGAGCUGGCCUCGCUGUCCACAGACCCAGGGAACCUGUCACGCCUGAAAUCCACUCCCAGCUGA